UUGCAGGGUCUCAACUUCAUUCAUCGUUCUUUCAUUGGUUAUCACGGUCGUUUGACUUCAGCAUGCUGUCUUCUGACGGAUACUUUCCAAGUUAGAAUUUGCGACUACGGCGUGGCUGAGCUGACCAGAAUACUGGAAACAAAACAUAAACUGUGGACUGCUCCGGAGGUAAUGAACUCCAUCGCACCACCAAAUACAAAAGCUGGAGAUAUCUAUUCCUUCGCUAUAAUUGCAGCAGAAGUUAUUACCAGGAGACCGGCAUGGUUACUCUACGGCGAGAGUAUGCAUCCAGAAGGUAAGUUAAUGCUUUGUUUUUUAAGGUGAAA